AUGUCUAGUCCGGAACCGCAUGGCUCAUCUGGCUUCACAGACUCGGAAUCGUCUGCUGAAUCCCCCGACUACCAACAGCAUCAAUAUACGCCCGCCCACGAUCCCGCCCCCCGCGGCGAGAGAGGCAGCAGCUACAACUUCUACACGCAUCCCGCCCGAACGUCGGUGCUAGACGCCAACGGUGAACUGCUCCUCGAUCCCACGCUCCGUCUCGGGCCUGCGGCGGCCGCCAACUCGACCGAUAUGGAACACCAACAGACGCCCCACGGGGACAUGAGAAACAUGUGGAGGCCCAUCGGCAGCCUGCCGUCCUUUUCUCGAGCAUUCGAUUUCCUGGCGUCAGACUCCAAGGAGGUCGUAGCAGACGUCGAGCCGUUCUUUGUGCCGUCAUAUCUCAGGGGGUCGGCAUACCUGCAGAAGCUGGAAGAGGCGCACAAUGCCAAGCUAGAGGCCCAGAAAGAGGGCAAGCGAAGCAAGGAGGACGGGCAGGAUCUCGGCUCGUCUGGCCUCGACGUAUCGCCGCUACCUCCCGGCGGACACAGAGGCAUACUACACACCGUCCUGGAGAGGACGCCGUUUGACGGCGAGGACAAUUUAGCGCCGCUGCCGACACGCCUGAACGCGGGGGACAUGUGGACUUCGCUGGAAGUGACUCCGGACAUGCUGGGCGUCAAGUAUGCUGGACCUAAGGGUCACCACGACCGCGAUCACGAAGCUAGUGCCAUUCGGGCGAACCACUACAUCCCUCCCCAAUGUGGGAUAUACUAUUUCGAGGUGCAGAUCAUUUCGGGCAGACGAGACGACACUACCGUUGCCGUUGGUUUCUCUACUAGGAAUGCAGCACUAUCACGGCCUGUUGGUUGGGAGCCGGAAUCUUGGGGGUACCACGGCGACGAUGGCCGGUGUUUUACAGGUCAGAACAUCGGGAGGCCCUUUGGCCCGGUGUUCAACACUAGUGACGUGAUCGGGUGCGGAGUCAACUUCAAAGACCACACGGCCUUCUUCACCAAGAACGGGCAGAUGAUUGGGGUCGCGUUCCACGACGUUACAAGGAGCAAUUUAUACCCAGCCAUCAGCUUGAAGAAGCAAUACGAGCAAGUGAGGGUCAAUUUCGGACAGUCACCGUUUGUCUUUAACAUUGACGACCUGAUGAAGGAACAACGACUCCAGAUCCAGAGGGCCAUAUCGGUGGCGGACACCUCGCAGCUCGAGCCCGGCCUGUCCGAGACGGAUCUCAUCCAGGCGCUGGUGCUGCAAUUUCUUCAGCAUGACGGCUACGUGGAGACGGCCCGCGCCUUUGCAGAGGAUUUGAAGCUCCAAAAGGAGGCCCUGAACAUGAAUCCCGACGUGACGGUGGACGGCGUCAGCAUAAAGGACGAUGAGGAUGCUAAUAACCGACAGCGAAUCCGGCGAGCGAUACUAGACGGAGAGAUAGAUCUGGCGCUUAAGUACACCAACACGUAUUAUCCGCAAGUCCUCCGCGACAACGAGCAGGUAUACUUUAAGCUUCGAUGCCGCAAAUUCAUUGAGAUGGUGCGCAAGGCUGCCGAGCUGGCCAUGAAGUACGACGGCAAAGGGGGUAACGAGCUCGGCCAAGAGAUGGAUCUGGAUGUUAACAGCAGCCACGGCUGGGGAGGCAGCAUGGAGACGGACGGCGGGGAUCACUUGGCGGAGCUGGCAAAGUUGGAAAAUAAGAUGCUGAGCUAUGGUCAGGCUCUGCAGGCGGAGUAUGCCGGCGACCCCAGGAAGGAGAUUAACAAGGCGCUGAACGAGAUCUGGGCGCUGGUGGCAUACAAGAAUCCGCUUAAGGAGCCGCAAGUGAGCCACCUGCUGGAUGGUAAAGGGAGAGUGACUGUUGCGGAGGAGUUGAAUUCUGCCAUCCUAUCAUCUCUUGGAAAGUCAUCACGGGCGGCAUUGGAGACGUUGUAUGCGCAGACCAGCGUGCUGCUGGAAGAGCUGCGCAAGGAUGGCGGCUCAGGAGCAUUUAUCACGCUGCGGGAUGUGGUAGAUAGCAUUCAGCAGGGUUGA